AUGGUGGUGUGGUCAACUCGCCGCCGCAUCUGCGAAGACACAAUAACCCGCUCCCCCUCCAUCGCAGCCUCCAUCCCUAACGGCUCCCUAACCAGCUACUUCAUCCCCACCCAACUUCCUUCUUUAUCAAAAACACUACCUACAUACCCAUCCCACCCACCAGCAACCCCAGUCAGAAUCCACAACAGCGACGCCUUCGCCCUCGCGCGCUCCCUGCCCGGCACCUCCAAACUCGGCGUCUUGAACCUAGCAUCCGAUACCGAACCCGGGGGCGGGUGGCGCUACACGUUGUCUUUAACGCAAGAAGAAGCUCUGUGUUAUUCAUCCACGUUGUACGCGACGUUAAAGCUGGAAUGGUAUCCUUGGGCUAAUACAGGGUCGGGAUGUGUUGCUGGUGUCAUGUCACCCGGCGUCGUUGUAUUCAGGGACACUCUGGACAAUAAUCUCGUCGAGUUACCUGCGGAUCAGCGGUAUGUGGUUGCUGUUAUGACAGUUGCGGCGCCGAGGUUCCCUGCUCUUAAGACUACAGCGGAGGGGGAGAAGGUGUUUGCAGAGGAAAGCGUCGUCGAGGAGUUACGGGAGAAGGUUAGGUUGGUGUUGAGGAUGGCGGCGGGGGAGGGUGUGGGGAGGUUGGUACUUGGUGCUAUGGGCUGUGGGGCUUAUGGGUGUCCGCCGAGGGUGGUGGCGAGCGUGAUGAAAAGGGUGUUGGGAGAAGAGGAAUUCGAGGGGUGGUUUGAGAGUGUGGACUUUGCGGUUUAUGCGAAGGGGCCGGAAGGGAUGAGGAAUUUGGAGGCUUUUAGGGAGAUUUUCGGGUAG